AUGAAAUGUCGCUCACCAAGCUUCGUUUUAGUUGGACAGAAGUCCGAUCUGUCGGCAGCGCGAGAGGUCUGUUUACUUGUUCUUACCAUUUUAACUCUCUGUGAAUAUAUUCACUUACUCUUACUGGAUGAUUCUUUAUUAUUAACAAUUUACCCCGUGCGAAUAUUCAUGUAAUAUAAAUCGAGUAUUCCUCAUAUGGGCAGUUGUUCACUGUUCUGCAAAUCUAUUUCUUAGUCAAACGCAGUCUGUAUCCAAGGGAAUCAGUCAUUAUAUUCAGAGGUAUCCCUAAGGGAAGUCCUCUAAGGCUUGUGCAAGACCUAAUCGCACAUUUCCCUUUGACACUAUUCAGGUGCCUGCAUUAGAAGCGGAGUGUCUAGCCCAGAGGCUCGGGGACUAUCAAUACGUUGAAACCUCUGCUUUGACCGGUGCCAAUGUCGAACAGGUUUUCCUUCUUCUUGCAGAAUCUGUUUACUCGAAGAUGAAAGCAGGGAUAUACACUGAGGUAACAUGAGAGUUAUUACCUGCACUCUUGCACCAUGUCCCUUCUUUCGUUUCUGCUGUUUUGCUGGGCGAAAGUUUUUAUUUCCCGAUUCCAUACUAGCGUUGCUAUCAGUUUUCUGUACCCUUGUCCAUCCGCCUGAAUCAUAACAUCUACCUUGCUGUCAUUGUAUGGAAUCUCGCCAAGCGUCCAGUUGUUGGAAGAGACGAUUUUGAUCUUCCUCAUCUUCGGCCACUGUUCCUGGCAAUUUUCGCAUAAUAAUCUUAUUUUACAUCAGUAUAGUAUAUUUUGUGAUGGGGCUCACCGAACCCAAACGAAAUGAUGUAGAGAACUAAUUAUGCAUCCGGCAUAUGCAACUUCAUUAAAGAUUCACUUUAUUGACUCCGCACCACUUUCGUUACUCAGUCCCGCAUACUACUGUUUACAACGUCUUAAUCAAUCGUGAUCCUACGACAGACUUAUUCUUGAUGGUGAUAGCAACAUCUUAGGCAUCCUGAAAGCGUUCUAGCUUGUAGCAUUGCGUUUUACUGCUUUUAUGCAGGAAGAAAAUUCGAAGAUUUUAACUUCGAGGGGUCUCUUAUAUCUGUACGUCAAGGGGUCUUGUUAAUUGAAAGUUCCUGACUAACUACAGUGCAUUGUGUACAAAAUAUCAUGUGGUGUUAAGCGACCAACGACCUGAGAACGGUGUCCUACUACUUAGACGUUAAGGGACACUGCUGCUUGAACUGUGUAAGGUAAAUACGUCACAAUAGGUGAUAAACAGAGUGGGAAAGCAGUAAGACAUGUAAAGGGACAUUGUAAUCGAGAGAGUAGGGCACCAACUAUUGCAGAGAAGGCUAGAACAAAUCAGAAACGAUAAGUGCUGAGCAGCACAUGUCAUCAAACUGACAUACAGUAGGACACUUCUAGGAUUUUUGAGUCCGAAGACAGAAGGAAAAGGACUUGCCACAAGGGCAGUGCGAGGCUGGUCAUGUGACCUAGCCGCUGUAUAAUUGUAGUUUCCCUGUGCCACUUGCCACGGCCAUGCAUUCUACGUCGGGACGGGCUGUUCCCGCGCAUUCGGUGAUCUCAGAUGUUGAAUCGGGAUCUGCAGGAUGAUCCAUUCGCAACAGGCACUUUUCGAUACAGCUAUCAGAUGCCUUGUUUUUUCCUGUUGAUGACCACAAUAGUAUUCGUUUAACCGAUCGAGUUGUCGGCUGUCUUACAGCACUUCCAGCGUGCUUGUAUUCACAGUUAUUUGCAAGCCCAUAAGCGAAGGCAAGAUAUAACUGGUGGUCCUUGUAGAGCUCACAAAUGCGACCUCAGAGGUGGCGCAUUCCCCUUUAUCUCUUUCGAGUUGGAGGUGAACGCUGCCUGGUUUUUAUGAACCAAUCAUUUCUUUGAUUUUCCAUGUGAGUGGUGAUACUUUUCAAGGAGUUUCUCCGCCUACCCUUUGCUAUGUGAGUUACCUUGAAUAAUUUUAUCGUCAUCCAUUCUAUCAGCAAAAUGUCAACAGCGUUACUAAACAGGUACAAAUUUAAGUCAAUUUUUAUUUUUAUUCGACCGAAGCUCCUGAAAUACUGCCACAGUCCAUUCACACUGGGCGUCUGAUGAACAGACUACUUGAUUCGUGUCGCUUCCCCGUGCACGAUAAUAUCCAAGCAAGCCAGCUCUUUGUUUCUUUUGUGUUCAGUCGUGAGCGUGAUCUCCGGGUAUGACUUGUUCAUAGUAUCAACCAACAUUUCGCCUUAUCUCGGGUCAUUUAAUACAGUAAAUAUCUCAGAUACCCAUCUAUAAAUCAGGUUUUUCCAUGCUUCCUCAUUGUUCUUCCCCAAGAGGUGAAAAUAUCCUCCAGAACUGGGCUACCAACCUGCCGGUACAGCUGUUCAUUGAAAAGUUCUAUCAUGCUCUUGAUGCACAGUGUCAGUAGCUUACGCACUCUUUGCUUUUAUGCAGGUUUGAAAUGCGUACUCUUAAAUACCGACGUCUUGCUCCAGUUAAAUUGCCUUAUUACGUGCACUUGCUCGUACUUGGUAAAGCUAUGAUCAUGCCUGAUCUAGCCGUGGACGUCGCGGAUUGUACACGUCUAUGCCUAACGAUCGUGGGCAGCGGGUCUGGACGGUUUGAUCCAUUCUCUCGUUUAGUGGCGGUGACUGAAUAUUGAAGGUUUAAGAGCGAAUUCCAUGUCUUUAUGAACUGUGCCGAGCCAGAUUUUGAGUUGAUGGUCCCCUCCAGUUGAACUGUCUCAGCACGCCCAUGAGAAUCAUGUACUGCUUUCAUGGGCUAAUGCCCUUCAUCCUGUCGGUGGAAUCAUGUCUCUCGCGCUGUGUGCUACUUAGUUGCGACAGAUCAGGUCUGUUUGGCUAGAUAGUCGUUAUGCCGGUUUAUGAAGAGGAGGAUUGAUCAUUGGGAAAUGUGGUUGUCGUGGAAAAAUACUCUUAUUGUCAUGCUGGGGCCUGAUGACAUCUAAUCUAUCCGGGUUGCCUUUGAGUCCGUCUAAAGCCCUCUCAGGCGGUUGAUAGUGCGUAGUAAAAAGAUACAACGAAUAGGGCUGGUCGACUUUCAGUCGUCAUUUGUUCAUACGCUAGCUUGACUCAACGAUAGAACAUUUAUCCAAUUGUGCUUAGACCUGUAGCUUGCGUUUCACCGGCCUGUUGACAUUUAUAGGGUGUUUAAUUACAAAUUAUAUUCAAGCCGGAAAGGACUUAUGCUCCAGCCCCCCUUGCCUUUGUUGAUGAUACUUCUUCAAUGGGUUAUUAACUUUCUGUGACGUGCUGUAAGCCUCCAAGUGGUAAAAAAAGCAAAACAUGCCCAGUAAUCUUCCCUUCCUGGUGUUGGUGUAUGUUCGAUGGUCCCGUUAUAAUGCCAGUGCCUCAAACCAUAUCAAGCACCAAAUUGUGAAAGAUCUUAUCGGGCUCAGUAUUCAUCUACUCAUGUGCGAGUUGGCGUUCUUUGCCAACAUAAGCCUCAGGCUCUAUGAAGUCCGAGCCAAACUCAAUUUGACAUCGUCACUGGACCUUUUCCACUCUUCUACCUGCCUGCCUCUAACAAUCUUCCGCCGUCAAUUUUAUCCUAUUCACACUUCUUUAAAAGUAACAUAUGGGUGUAUGCUGGCCAGAAGGGGUUACCUCGCCAAUUAUUUCGUCGAAUUCUGCUUCCUCUCUGUAUGUUCCGUCAAGGUUUCGUCCAAGACCUUCUGUUCCAUGCCUAGUCCUCUUACCUAAAUCGCUUCGAACUCUUAAUUUUUAAAUCACUCUGAUCCAUUUCUGGUGUCGCCGAAAGAUAUUGGGUGCAUAGGCGUAUGGCUGGCUGUCGGUACUUGAUAGUCCCGAAAUGAAGUUCCACGCUCUUAGGAGCUUGAUACAGGUUUGGUUUUCAAUUCGACAUCUGGCGAAUACUCAUCCUACUGGACAGCGCUAAACGCUGGUGGUUUGCUGCAACUUACUGGCCAACAUCAUGAGUCUGUUUUGCAGCCCACCUUUGUUGGUGACCGCCAGCUGUAAAAUGGCUCGUUUCUUCCCGAGGAUGUCUUUUCACUGACUUUGAGGCAGCAUCUGCUACGGCGACUCAGAGUUGUUUUUUAAUGUCUAUAAAGAGCAUGAACG